CGUGAGCCAGAGCAGCGCAGCUCGGGACGUUUGCCGUGAUUUACCCACAGUCACGAUACGGAGAGACGGACACUGCAAGGUGUCGUGUGCACACUCUGCUCGGAGACUAAAAGUUUCGGAGUAUAAUGUCGGUGUACUCGUCACAUAGUAAUUUUCUGCAACAGAGGUCAACAUGUGAUGCGCUUGGAGUAUUCGAGGGUUCGUUGUUUUUUAAUUGCUUUGCAGCCCCGUUUUACGACACCGCUGUCCACUCUGAACGCGUGCGUCGUAAUUGACCUUCAGUCGCGUUUUACUUAGGUUAUCGCGUAAUUUUAUUGGGGGAAUCGUCUCAAUUAUACUGCUCACUUGCAAACACCACAAAUCACAACCACUCCCUGCCGCUCCUCGGGACACGCUCGGUGGAGAUUGGAUGCAGCGGGCGUCAGGUGUGUGAGUGUUUGUAAGGUACACCGGGGACCAACGCCGCUCCGAAGUCGCCAUCUGCCCGCUUCUCAGGUUAUCCCUGCACGGCGAACAACAUGAUUUUCCUCGGAGUACUUCUGAACGUCUUUAUUAGAGGAAGUGUGCAGGCCUCCACGUCCGUGUCCUCGCCAUCGAUGGACUGCUUGGAGGCGGAGCAAGGCUGCGUGCUGGAUCCCGGGUGCAAGCUGGCCUAUCGGGAGCUGGAGUACUGCGUGGCCGAGCAGGCGGUGUCCCCGUUAGGGGCGGAGACGGAGCGGGAGUGCCUGCAGGCCCAGAGCUCCCUGCAGCAGUACCGCCCCCUGCUGGCCUGCAAGUGCCAGCGUGGGUCGCGGAGGGAGGAGUCCUGCCUGAGGGUCUACUGGACUGUGCGGUUCCUACAGGGAUAUGAUGAGGUUGAGGUGUCCCCUUAUGAGGACCUGGGCCAGGAGCUCGUGAGGAAUAUUGAAAUUUCGCGAAUGGCUUCCAUAGUGUCAGCCUCCUCCCUCCCUCUGGACCGGCAGAACCAGUGCCUGAAGGCGGCGCAGGACUGCGGGCUGUAUGAGAAGUGCGGCUCUCUGCGCUCGGAGUACGUGGUGGCGUGCACCAAGCGGGCGCCCGGCUCCGACCACUGCAACCGGCAGAAGUGCCACCGGGCGCUGCGGCGCUUCCUGGAGCGCGUGCCGGAGGAGUACAGCUUCGGCGUCCUCUUCUGCCCCUGCAGCGACCCGCUGUGCGGGGAGCGCCGCCGCAAGACCAUCGUGCCCUCCUGCUCCUACGAGGAGCGGGACGGCAAGCCCAACUGCCUCAGCCUGCAGGGCUACUGCAUGAAGGACGAACUGUGCAGGUCCAGACUGGCUGAUUUCCAGCAUAACUGCCACCCGUCCCCUCAUUCUCCAUCCGGCUGCCUGCGGGAGAGUGGAGCAGUGUGCCUGAAGGCCUAUGCCGGGCUCAUAGGCACCAUCAUGACGCCCAACUACGUGAGUAACGACAGUGUGGAGGUGUCUCAGUGGUGCAGCUGUGAGGGCAGCGGGAACCAGCUGCCGGACUGCCUGAGGGUGCAGGAGCUGUUCGGCAGCAACGCCUGCCUGCGGAGCGCCAUCAGCGCUUUCGGGACCUUACCCCCCCGGCUCGGGGAGAGCACCCCUCCGGCGGCCCCGCACCCCUCCCCUCACAUCCAGCACGGCAGCGGUAACCGUGACGAUGGCGUGCUGCAGGACAUCAACACCGUGGAGGACACUGAGGAGGAAGAGGAGGGAGGGGAGUUCAACGUGAUCCCUCCGUACUCUGAAAAGGAGUCGAACCUACGGUCCGGGACCCAGGGGGGUUGCAGGGGGGCUACGGUUCCGGCCACAUCUCUGCUGCUCCUGCUGCUACUCAUGGGCACACUGAGCUGGGGUUGACGGGGGUCGGGGACCCCCCCUAAGCCUCCCUCCAUACAAACACACUUACUCACUCACUCACUCACUCACGCAUAC